AUGAGCGAAGAUUUAAAUGCAAGUUCUGCUGCUGGAAUUAAAGAACUGUCACCAACAGUCGUCGGGAUUCAGUCCACAGCCAUCUUUUUGCUUAUGGUUUCUUCGUUGAUAUGCAAUGCACUGGUAGGAUUUGUUCUCGCUAGAAAACCGGAAUUGUUGUCACAUUCUUCCAGCAAGCUUCUCAUGAACUUGACUGCAUCUAGCUUCAUCUUUUCGCUUAUCGUUUUGCCAUUUGUUUUUGCUUCGUCUGUGAGACAGGACUGGUUGUUCGGCAAGGCUUGGUGUCAAACUAGCGGUUUUCUAACAGUUUUACUCUCCGCAACAUCUUUGGCAAUGGUAAUGUUUUUAAGCAUCGAUCGUUAUCACUGCAUAGUGAAUCCGUUAACUUACGCUACCAGAAUGUCACCAGCACGCACAAAUUUUUUCAUUUUGUUUUCAUGGCUGGCAUGCUUGUUCUUGGCUUCGCUGCCUCUCGUCGGCUGGGGAAAAUAUGGCUAUGAACACGCAAAAUUUUCUUGCACUGUUAUUUGGAGUGACACGAUAAGUGAGGGCUAUACGAAACUUUAUUCCGUUGUGACUUUGUUUGUGCCAUUGCUGGUCAUGAUAGUGACCUACUAUUAUAUUUUAAAAGCUGCUCGUCGACAAGCUCGAGUAGGGCAAAUAGCGGUUCUGCCUGCGACAAAUGUGGGUCCAAGGACAAACCGCAACUCUAUAACAUCAAACACGAGUGCGUUUAGCGGAUCAAAAGCCUUGCGUACAACUUUUCUCGUUCUAGGGAUGGUAAUAUUUUGUUGGGGUCCGUACGUGAUAGAGAUUAUUCUAGAAUCGGAGCGAGUGCUUGUGCGGUAUGAGAUACAGACUACGUUUGUGAUGGUGUCUCAUUCAAGCGCAUUACUGUAUCCUGUUAUUUAUGGAUUUCACAUAAGAGCGAUCAGACGGAGUAUCAAGAGACUUGUAGCCUCGAACUUACGGUGUGGUAAUAAUUUUGUUCGACCCUCCAGCGAAACGGGAUUUGUCGUAUCACCCCAGGCAAUGUUCAGAAAUAGAUCGGCUUCGGAGGGUUCUGUGAAUUCGUUCGACAUGGCCUGGUCGCCCCGGCGAGAGAGCGAGAGUCUGUGGACAUUGCCAGCGAUCAAAGAAGAGAUUGAAAAUCAACCCACAAACAGAACUCAUUCGACCGAAGUCACAGACCUAGAGGUUUUCAAUCUUCCGGGUAGCUGCGUCUAA